GUCAGACGUCGAACGAAAGAAGCUGCUUCUAAGCGAAUGAGGCUCAUCGAUUUUUGUCGAAUUUUUGUAAUUUGCAAUCGAUAAUUUGGGUUUUCGCACAACAGAGAGCAUCAGUGAUAUUCAGAGUGCGUUUCCAGUCGAUUUGCUGUAAGCCGAGACGUUCAAAAAACCGUAAAAAUGGCUAUGACAUCGUCCCAAGUGAAGGCAAGGGAGCAGCAAAACAAUAUGGCCAAUCUUGCCGGUAGUGGAACAGGAUGGCCGCGAAGAAAUAGUCAAAAUAACGCCGUUACACCCGUUCCAAACCCAAAUUUCGAGGUGAAACCGAAUUUCGAAGUGAAGCCACAAUUUCCUAUCACACCAGCCAUUAAUCGCAUCAUUAAUUUGUAUCCUUUGACAAAUUACAUAUUUGGAACAAAAGAGCCUCUUUUCGAAAAAGAUCCCAGUGUUCCGGCAAGAUUCCAGAGAAUGAGAGAUGAGUUUGAAAGGAUAGGCAUGAGGCGUAGUGUUGAAGGUGUACUUUUAGUGCAUGAACAUGGCCUGCCACAUGUUCUGUUGUUGCAGUUAGGAACUACAUUUUUCAAACUGCCAGGUGGAGAGCUGAACCCUGGCGAAGAUGAGGUAGAAGGGUUGAAAAGACUUCUCACAGAGACCCUCGGGCGCUUGGACGGCGUCAAGCAAGACUGGCUGGUGGAAGACAUCAUCGGAAACUGGUGGAGGCCCAACUUCGAACCUCCUCAAUAUCCGUACAUCCCGCCGCACAUCACCAAGCCGAAGGAGCAUAAGAGGCUAUUCUUAGUACAGCUCCAGGAGAAGGCAUUAUUCGCCGUACCCAAAAACUACAAACUAGUCGCAGCACCGUUGUUUGAGUUAUAUGACAAUUCCCAAGGUUAUGGCCCGAUAAUAUCGUCAUUACCGCAGGCGUUAUGCAGGUUUCAAUUCAUCUACAUGUGAUUGGCGGAUAGUACAAACAAAGUUCUCGCAGCAUACGGUGGUUACAAUGGGUGAUGUUAGAAAUACAUCAUUUGGUCAGAAUCGCAACGUUUGCAUAAUAUUAAGAUCUAUAUGUAUUCUUUUUAAUUAAAAGAGACCAGUUUUGUAUAGUUAACAAUUAACUAUUUUAGUGCUAUCACUAAAACCGUUUUCUGACAAAAAAAGUGUACGUAAAUGUUUGACCAACAAAUAAUGACCUUCUUUUUGAUGGACUUUUGACAAAAGACAGCUCACUUCACAUAAUUGUUUUGUCGGGACGAUUCAGUUAAUAAAUAAUAAUAAAUUUAGGCGAUUUUGUAUUUGAACACAUCCUGUAUGUCUAUGCUUCCUUUUCCUGGCAAUGAGGGUGUUAAUAAUUGAAAAAAGCUGCUUACAACGUUCCCGUGGUAAAAUUAAAAAGUUUUCUUGGAUCAAUUUUAAUUUGCAGCAAUUAUUUUUCUGUAUUUCCGAUUCUUCAGUCAUGACAGAACCAUUCUUGAAUUGCAAUAAUUUUUUCUGAUUUUUAGUGUGCUUGCUCAUUGUUCCGCAAAUUUAUUUUCUUAUCAUUCCAAUGAAUGUUGCAGAGAUACAGGGUGUUAAAAAACAUAUAACGCAAAAUUUAACCAAACGUUUAUUAUAAUUACAAAAAUAAAAUCUUCCAUUUAUGGAUCGUGGACUUUCGUCAUAUUUACUUUCAGUUUCAAAUAUAUUUUAAAUUCACCAAUUUUGUUAGCAUCGGUAUUUCCCGUCUUUUGCCUAAAUUUCAUCACGAAAAAGGUUUGAUUAUCCAAACUUGUCGAUUUCUCUAUAGUAUUUUAGUACAUACGUGUAUAUUAUUCAAAAGAAAUCUUAGAAGUAAGAUUUAAUGUUAGGGCUUUUGUAAGUUGAAUGCAAUAAAGAUUGUGUUUUUAUUUUUUAUCUGAU